AUGGUCAUCGCUGAUUGGGGCAAUGACCGUAUCAUCCAAUGGAAGAUUGGUGAUAAGAAGGGACAAGUGGUAGCUGGCGGCAAUGGUCAAGGAAAUCGAUUAGAUCAAUUGCAUAAUCCAAACAAUGUGUUGAUUGACAAAAAGACAGAUAGUCUCAUUAUCUGUGAUAACGAAAAUCGACGAGUUCUACGAUGGUCUCGUCGUAGUGGUACAAUUCAAGGAGAAAUUCUACUCGACAACAUCCAUUGUCAAGGACUGGCCAUGGAUAAUCAGAAAAAUCUCUAUAUCUGUGACACUAACAAACAUGAAGUUAGACGAUUCCAAAUAGAAGACAAGAAUGAAACUGUCGUGGCUGGUGACAAUGGCUGGGGUCCUCGUUUCAACAAACUCGAUUGGCCGACCCACGUUUUUGUCGAUGAACAACAGGCUGUCUACGUGUCGGAUAGCGCAAAUCAUCGUGUGAUGAAAUGGGAUAAAGGUGCAAAAGAAGGGACUGUCGUUGCUGGAGGUCAACGGGAUGGAAAUUCUCUGAAACAAUUGUCGUACCCUGAAGGAUUAUUCGUCGAUACGUUGGGUACUCUCUAUGUGACAGAGUUGGGAAAUCAUCGAGUGACGCGUUGGCCUAAAGGGGCAACAGAAGGUACUGUCAUUUUGGGUGGAAAUGGUGAAGGACAAGGUGCAAAUCAAUUCAACUGGCCCAGGGGUUUGUCCUUCGAUCGAUAUGGCAAUCUCUAUGUCGUCGAUAGUAACAAUCAUCGGGUGCAACGAUUUUCUCUUGAGUAG